GCGCCCCUCGCCGCCCGCCCGGGAGCCAUGCGCGUCGCCUCCUUCUCUCCUUCAAAUUUAAGAUUCUGACAAGAGGCGCGCCGGCGGGGUGCGGGGAGGAGAAAUCGCCCGCCGCGGCCUUCCUGCGCCAGCGCCCCUCGCUCGUAGCGACCAGGCGAACGCGGGGCUGCGGCUCCUGGGGACGGGAAGCCAGAAAUGUUUGUUUAAAAUAGCACGUGGUUGUUCAGGGGGUCUUUUGUUCCUCAAGUGUUAUAGUUUGAAAUCCAGGAGAGUGGGGGGAUUACUCCUGAAGCAUUCAGUUGCUAAUUAACACUAAAAUCCCACAUUGUGUGUUCUUCAAGAGGAGAGUGGAAGAAACUUAAGAAAUUACUUUUUUAAAGGUGAAGUUGGACAUUUUAUUUUUAAUUUAUUUAAACUGCUUCUUGAAGUCAGUUUCAAUGCAGUUCUCGUCUUGCUCUGAAAUAGAUUUUUACACAGAUCUUUCACGCAGUUCUGUCUGCCCUCCUCUGCUAUUCAUUAUCUUUGUGAAAGUUUCACUGCUUUUUUCUCUGCUUGCUGCUUUCCCUUACGGGCCAGUGCAGAGGGCUUUCCUCAGCAGUUUCACCCUUUUCUCUUAGUGUUGUCCCUGCACAAACUUCCUCUAAACACUAGUGAUUUUUAAAAGAUACUGAAAGGAAUAGCUGAGUGAAACCGCAUCUGGGCCUAGGGAGCAGAAGAUGAACACAGCUGCCAGUAGCUACCCAAUGGCUUCUCUGUACGUGGGUGACUUGCACCCUGACGUCACGGAGGCCAUGCUGUACGAGAAGUUCAGCCCUGCGGGCCCAGUCCUUUCCAUCCGCGUCUGCAGAGAUAUGAUCACCCGACGCUCCUUGGGAUACGCAUAUGUCAACUUUCAACAGCCAGCGGAUGCUGAGCGAGCCUUGGACACCAUGAACUUUGACGUGAUCAAAGGCAAGCCCAUCCGCAUCAUGUGGUCUCAGCGGGACCCUUCCCUGAGGAAAUCUGGGGUAGGAAACGUCUUCAUUAAGAACCUGGACAAAUCCAUAGACAACAAGGCACUUUAUGACACAUUCUCAGCUUUUGGGAACAUCCUUUCUUGCAAAGUGGUGUGUGACGAGAGUGGCUCGAAGGGCUAUGCCUUUGUGCACUUUGAGACACAGGAUGCUGCAGAUCGGGCCAUUGAGAAGAUGAAUGGCAUGCUGCUGAACGACCGCAAAGUAUUUGUGGGCAGAUUUAAAUCCCGUAAAGAACGUGAGGCAGAAUUGGGAGCGAAAGCAAAGGAGUUCACCAAUGUCUACAUUAAAAAUUUUGGAGAUGACAUGGAUGAUGAGAGGCUGAAGGAACUCUUCAGCAAAUAUGGAAAGACCCUCAGUGUCAAAGUCAUGACAGACCCUACUGGGAAGUCCAAAGGCUUUGGCUUCGUGAGCUUUGAAAAGCAUGAAGAAGCCAACAAGGCAGUGGAAGAAAUGAAUGGAAAAGAUAUCAAUGGGAAAAUGGUGUUUGUGGGUCGGGCUCAGAAGAAAGUGGAACGCCAGGCAGAGCUGAAACGCAAAUUUGAGCAGUUAAAACAAGAGAGAAUUAGCCGGUAUCAGGGAGUCAAUUUGUACAUUAAGAACCUUGAUGAUACCAUUGAUGAUGAGAAACUGAGAAAGGAGUUCUCUCCUUUUGGGUCCAUCACAAGUGCCAAGGUAAUGUUGGAGGAUGGGCGCAGCAAAGGCUUUGGCUUUGUCUGCUUUUCCUCUCCGGAAGAAGCCACAAAAGCUGUAACAGAAAUGAACGGGCGCAUUGUGGGCUCCAAGCCGUUGUACGUGGCCCUGGCACAGCGGAAGGAAGAGCGGAAGGCCCACCUCACCAACCAGUACAUGCAGCGCAUUGCUGGGAUGAGAGCCUUGCCUGCCAACGCCAUCAUCAAUCAGUUCCAGCCCGCUGCCGGUGGAUAUUUCAUGCCUGCAGUACCCCAGGCUCAGAGUAGGCCCACUUAUUAUGCGCCGAAUCAGAUGACUCAGAUGAGACCGAGCCCACGCUGGCAGCAAGGGGGGAGGCCACAAGGUUUCCAGGGGAUGCCAAACACCAUGCGGCAGUCUGGACCAAGGCCUGCACUACGUCACCUGGCUCCAGCGAGUAAUGCGCAGGCUGCACGUGGCCUGCCUGGAGCUACUCAGAGAGUGGGGGUUGCUGCCACAGCUCCAAACUUAGCACCUCGUCCACCUGUAGCUACUCAAGCUCCCAGGGCUGUUCCACCCUACAAAUAUGCCUCAAGUGUCCGCAGCCCUCACCCAGUACAGCCUUUGCAGGCGCCUCAGCCUGCCGUCCAUGUCCAGGGACAGGAGCCUUUGACUGCAUCCAUGCUGGCUGCUGCUCCCCCCCAGGAGCAAAAACAGAUGCUGGGAGAGCGUUUGUUCCCCCUGAUCCAAGCUAUGCAUCUCAACCUUGCAGGAAAGAUUACAGGAAUGCUGCUAGAGAUUGAUAACUCAGAGUUACUGCACAUGCUGGAGUCUCCAGAAUCCCUCCGCUCAAAGGUGGAAGAGGCAGUGGCCGUACUGCAGGCUCACCAAGCCAAGAAAGAAGCUGCCCAGAAAGUGGGCAUGGUUGCUGCUACCUCCUAAUUCAGGGAGGCAGGUUGUAAAAAAAAAACAGGUGGGGUCCCUGAAGAAACCAUCUGCUCAAGAUAAUUAGAAAUAACAUUGUCUUGCACCAUGCAGCAUAUCUCAUUGACAGUAUUCCUGUGUAAAUCUCAUAAAAUGCCUUAUUUGCAAAAAACAAAACACACAUGCAAAAUUUAAAUUCCUUUACAGCUUUGGUUUCCAAGAUUUAAAUAUGCAACAUUUCUUUCUUACAGCCAGAACAGAAUUACCCACUUUGUCUUCCUAUAAGCAGGAAGCUGCAGUUUUUCUGACUGGACAUUUUCAUUUACAGUUCUUGGUUUUAAUCAGACAAUCCUGUUUGCAAAGUCUGGAAAGUAUUAAUAAAAGAAAUAAAAGCAUUUCAUGAAA